UAAGAAUCGUCUACGCAAAGCUGAGUUGUACAUCACCUGCUGCAGCGAAUCGAAGCCGCUUACUUAUAAAUAAGUAACAUAGCACAAUCUCUACAAUCCAGACUAGAUAAGGGUUUUAACUUUCAAUCUAGGUGUGAAAGAAAUGCUUACCAAGAAUUCACAAGAAACCCCUCUGCAAAUCCUCCCACGGGUUCUCAUCGUCUCCAGAAGAUGCAUUCGUAAGAACAAAUUCGUCGAUUUCGUAGGAGAGUAUCACUUGGAUUUGAUAGCCAACUAUGGAGCAGUUCCAGUCAUUGUCCCAAGAAUCUCAGCUGUACAGCAGAUGCUAGAUGCUUUUGAGCCUUUUCAUGGAGUUCUUCUUUGUGAAGGGGAGGACGUGGACCCUUCUCUCUAUGAGACUGAGAAUGGUUUAUCUCAUGAUGAAUUGGAUGAAAUAAGGAAAUUGCACAGCAGUGAUACUGCCAUUGACAGAGCAAAGGACUCCAUUGAAUUGCAGCUUGCUCGGCGUUGUCUGGAAAAGAACAUACCUUAUUUGGGUAUAUGCAGAGGAUCUCAGCUCCUAAAUGUAGCUUGUGGGGGAACCCUAUAUCAGGAUGUUGAGAAAGAGGUGUCUGAAAAAUCAGGUUUUGAUAUUAAGCAUAUAAACUAUGAUAAUUAUGAUGGGUAUAGGCACCCUAUCAAAGUGGUAGAAGAUACUCCACUUCAUUACUGGUUUCAAGAUUCAUUACAAGGAGUGAAUAUGGAGAUUAUGGUUAAUAGCUAUCAUCAUCAGGGUAUAAAGAGAUUGGCAGAUAGAUUCAGGCCAAUGGCAUAUGCCCCAGAUGGUUUAAUUGAAGCAUUUUAUGACCCAAAUGCAUACAACCCAGAGGAAGGAAAAUUCAUAAUGGGUCUGCAAUUCCACCCUGAAAGAAUGCGCCAUGAUGGCGAAAAUUGCACAGAGAAUGUUUUUGACUAUUCAGGAUGCCCAAGGGUUUAUGAGGACUUUGUAAAAGCUGUGGCUGCAUAUCAGAAAAAGCUGGCGGUUUGCAGUGGAGAACGUAAAGUUGUGAAAGUGGGUGGCGAAAUGGAAAAACAGAGCAAGAGAAUAGUUAGGAGUUAUUCCAUAACCAAGCUGAUAUAUGAAGAUCAUACCAGUUCCAAUCCCUCUGCCGAAGCCUCAGAUUUGCAUCCUGGAGCAUUAUUUUUUCAGUUGAAUGCAAGACUGAGUGUGAGAGCUCUGGACAGAGAAGAGGAGAAUAGACUGAAGCAAAUGGGAGCCACUGUGAGGAACUCUGCAAGUUAUAUGAAAGGGAUGAAGAAACAGAAGGAGAUUAAAGAAACAGCCCUAAAAUUCAUGGAAUCCAUGUCUACUGAAGAGCUGUGGGAUUUGAUUGCAUGUUAUCAGAUGAUGGCUCACAUUGGAUCACAGGUGUUGGAGGAAAAGCUUAUGUGCUGAACACUUAUCACUUAUCUUGAACAUCAUCUCGUGAAUGUAUCCAAGAAAAUCUAAUUUGCAUUGAAUGGUAUCACAUAAAUUGAUGGUUUAUUAUU